CCCGAUUUCCACUCCCCCCACCCGACUUCGCCUGCCGCGGUCGGGUCCGCGGCCUUCGCUGUAGCGGUCGCCGUCGUUCCUUGGAAGCAGCUGUUCCCCUCCCCCACCCCGGUCCCGCUCCCCGUCCAGCUGCUGACGUGAAGAUGAGCAGCUCGGAGGAAGUGUCCUGGAUUUCCUGGUUUUGUGGGCUCCGUGGCAAUGAAUUCUUCUGUGAGGUGGAUGAAGACUACAUCCAGGACAAAUUUAACCUUACCGGCCUCAAUGAGCAGGUGCCUCACUAUCGACAAGCUCUAGACAUGAUCUUGGACCUGGAACCCGAUGAAGAGCUGGAAGACAACCCCAACCAGAGCGACCUGAUUGAGCAGGCGGCCGAGAUGCUUUAUGGAUUGAUCCAUGCCCGCUACAUCCUCACCAACCGAGGCAUCGCCCAGAUGUUGGAAAAGUACCAGCAGGGAGACUUUGGCUACUGUCCCCGUGUAUACUGUGAGAACCAGCCAAUGCUUCCUAUUGGCCUGUCGGACAUCCCAGGUGAGGCCAUGGUGAAGCUCUACUGCCCCAAGUGCAUGGACGUGUACACACCCAAGUCAUCGAGGCACCAUCACACGGAUGGUGCCUACUUCGGCACUGGUUUCCCUCACAUGCUCUUCAUGGUGCAUCCCGAGUACCGGCCCAAGCGACCCGCCAACCAGUUUGUGCCCAGGCUCUACGGUUUCAAGAUCCAUCCGAUGGCCUAUCAGCUGCAGCUCCAAGCCGCCAGCAACUUCAAGAGCCCAGUCAAGACGAUUCGCUGAGUCCCCACCCCACCUGUCCUUCAGUCUUUGACACCUCCAUUCCUUUGCUGCCACCCUUUCAGGAACCUUCCUCUAUGGUUUUUAGUUUAAAUUAAAGGAGUCACUAUUGUGGUGGGAAUAUGAAAUAAAGUGGAAGAAAAGGCCAUGA